UGUUGCUGCUCUGAGUGAAGUCAUGCUUUACCUGCUGUAGAAGAGGUUAUCCCAGAAAAAAAAUAGACAAAUUCAGCUCCCGAGACUCUCUGUCUAGUCUCCCCAGUGCGGUGUGGUGGUAUCUCUUCGCGAUGCGAAGAUGGCCAGCCUGCCACCUCCCACAGGCAAAGAUGCUUUCCGCCAUUUCACGCCGGAGAGCCUGGCGGCGAUCCAGCAGCGCGUGCAGGAGAGGCAGAGGCUGGAGCUGGAGGGGGAAGAGCCGGAGCCGGGUCCCAAGGUGCCCAGCCGAGACCUGGAGGCCGGCAAGGGCCUGCCCAUGAUCUACGGGGACGCGCCCGACGACAUGCUCAACAUCCCCCUGGAGGACCUCGACCCCUUCUACAAAGAACAGAAUACCUUCAUAGUGAUUGCAAAAGGUAACACAAUCUUCAGGUUCAACGCCGAUCCUGCCUGCUACAUUCUCAGCCCCUUUAACCCGCUGCGAAGAGGAGCCAUCAGAAUACUCAUACAUUCAGUUUUUAGCAUGAUCAUCAUGGUCACCAUUCUGGCAAACUGUGUCUUCAUGACCAUGAGCAAUCCACCGCCAUGGAGCAAAACAGUCGAGUACGUCUUCACAGGCAUUUACACCUUUGAGGCGUCGAUAAAGGUGUUGUCGCGAGGCUUCUGCGUCGGAAACUUUACAUUCCUCAGAGACCCAUGGAACUGGCUGGAUUUCAUGGUGAUCAGUAUGGCGUAUAUCACGGAGUUUGUCGACCUUGGCAACGUGUCGGCCCUGAGGACAUUCCGUGUACUUCGAGCUCUCAAAACCAUCACAGUUAUUCCUGGUUUGAAAACCAUCGUGGGAGCUCUGAUCCAGUCUGUGAAGAGGAUGGGGGAUGUGAUGAUCCUGACGGUGUUCGCGUUGGCCGUGUUUGCGCUCAUCGGUCUGCAGCUGUUCAUGGGUAACCUGCGCAACAAGUGCAUACGCUGGCCCCUCUCCAACGACACCCUCCUGGACCUCAACGCCACCAUGGCCCCUCCCAUCGUCAACCUGGACCCCUUGUACGCGGGUCUGGAUGACAUGGAUGACAUGGGCGUGAAUGCCACCUUUGACUUCAAGGCCUACAUCGACAACCCAGAGAAUCAGUAUUUUUUAGACGGGGCAUUGGAUGCUCUCCUGUGUGGAAACAGCUCUGAUGCUGGGAAGUGCCCCGAAGGCUACACGUGCAUCAAGGCCGGCAGGAACCCCAACUACGGCUACACCAGCUACGACAGCUUCGGCUGGGCCUUCCUCGCACUCUUCAGACUCAUGACACAGGACUUCUGGGAAAACCUCUUCAUGCUGACUCUGCGUGCUGCUGGCAAGACCUACAUGCUGUUCUUCGUGGUGGUGAUCUUCUUGGGCUCCUUCUACCUGAUCAACUUGAUCCUGGCCGUGGUUGCCAUGGCGUACGACGAGCAGAACGAGGCCACCUUGGCGGAAGCGCGCGAGAAGGAGGAGGAGUUCCAGAGGCUUCUAGAACAGCUGCGGAACCAGGAGCAAGAGAUGAUUGUUAACAGUCAGACAUCUUUGGCUAGCCAACGGACGCAAAGUCGAUGCACAAAUGACACACGCAGUCUCCGAGACAACGAUGAUGUUAUAAAGGACUGCAAUGGAAGAAUCGUGCCACGGUUCAUCAUCGACAGGGCCUCUUCAGAAAGAGAGAUAUAUACAGACGAUGAGAAGAGUAAGGAUGGGAAGUCCAUUGGGUCCUCCAAACACAGUAUGAUGUUCCUGGAACAGCCGACAUUAAUGAAGAGGACAGCCAGUGCCCACACCAUGCUCUCCACUGCCAUGGAAGACCUGGAGGAGCUCCAGAGGCCGUGCCCGCCUGGCUGGUACAAGUUUGCAGACAUCUUCCUGAAGUGGAACUGCUGUCCGCCAUGGGUCUUCCUGAAGAAGUGGAUGCUGUUCAUCGUGAUGGACCCCUUUGUGGACCUGGGAAUCACCAUCUGCAUCGUGCUCAACACACUCUUCAUGGCCAUGGAGCAUUACCCCAUGACCGAGGAGUUCGACAACAUGCUCUCCGUCGGCAACCUGGUGUUCACUGGCAUCUUCACUGCGGAGAUGGUGUUUAAGCUGAUCGCCAUGGACCCCUACUACUACUUCCAGGUUGGCUGGAACAUCUUUGACAGCAUCAUUGUCACCUUCAGCCUAGUGGAGCUUGGCCUGGCCAACGUGCAGGGACUCUCCGUGCUCCGAUCCUUCCGUCUGAUGCGUGUCUUCAAGCUGGCCAAGUCCUGGCCGACCCUAAACAUGCUGAUCAAGAUCAUCGGCAACUCGGUGGGCGCUCUGGGCAACCUGACCCUCGUCUUGGCCAUCAUCGUCUUCAUCUUCGCCGUGGUGGGCAUGCAGCUCUUUGGCAAAAGCUAUAAGGACUGCGUCUGCAAGAUCGCUGAGGACUGUGAGCUGCCACGCUGGCACAUGCACGACUUCUUCCACUCCUUCCUGAUCGUGUUCCGCAUCCUGUGUGGCGAGUGGAUCGAGACCAUGUGGGACUGCAUGGAGGUGGCGGGACAGUGGAUGUGCCUCAUCGUUUUCAUGAUGGUCAUGGUGAUCGGCAACUUGGUGGUGUUAAACCUCUUCCUGGCUCUGCUACUGAGCUCGUUCAGCGGGGACAACCUGUCGGCAGGGGACGACGAGGGGGAGAACAACCUGCAGAUCGCCGUCGGCCGCAUCACACGUGGCAUCGACUGGGCCAAAGCCCACCUGGCCGGCCUGAUGCGCCAGUUGCUGCAGGGGGGCAAAAAAAGCUCCGCCGACGACGAGGGGGGAGGGGAGGUGGAGCUGGACAAGGACGGCCUUCCCAUGAACCACCUGGACAAGAUGGCCGACGGCAUGCCCAACAAUAAUCUCGGCAACCGCUCGCUGAAAGUGCCCAUUGCUAAGGGAGAGUCGGACGUGUCGGACGAGGAGGAGUCGGACGAGGAGGAGGAGGAGUCUGAUGAGGAAGACGAUGAAAAGAAGAAGGAGUUGGCAGAUGAUGGCUCGUCUAUAUGCAGUACUGUGGACUACAGGCCUCCAGAACCAGAGCCGGAGCCGGAGGAGGAGUCGGAACCGGAGCCUGAAGAGCCAGAGGCCUGCUUCACCGACAACUGUAUCCGUCGAUUCCCCUGCCUGACGUUUGACGUCUCGGAGGGGAAGGGGAAGAAAUGGUGGAACCUGCGGCGUACCGCCUUCCUCAUUGUUGAGCAUGACUACUUUGAGACCUUCAUCGUCUUCAUGAUCCUUCUCAGCAGUGGCGCUCUGGCCUUUGAGGACAUUUACAUUGAGCGUCGGCGGACAAUUAAAAUCAUCCUGGAGUAUGCGGACAAGGUGUUCACGUACAUCUUCAUCAUCGAGAUGUUGCUGAAAUGGGUGGCUUACGGGUUCAAGACGUACUUCACCAACACGUGGUGCUGGCUGGACUUCCUGAUCGUCGAUGUGUCUCUCAUCAGUCUCACCGCUAACCUGAUGGGCUACUCAGAGCUGGGACCAAUCAAAUCGCUGCGUACGCUCAGGGCCCUCAGACCUCUCAGAGCGCUCUCCAGAUUUGAGGGCAUGAGGGUGGUCGUCAAUGCCCUGGUGGGCGCCAUCCCGUCCAUUUUCAACGUGCUGCUGGUGUGUCUGAUCUUCUGGCUCAUCUUCAGCAUCAUGGGCGUCAACCUGUUUGCGGGGAAGUUCUACCGCUGCAUCAACACCACCACGGAGGAGCUGUUCCCCAUGGACGUGGUGAACAACAAGAGCGACUGCAUGGCGCUGCUCUACACCAACGAGGUGCGCUGGGUCAACGUCAAGGUCAACUAUGACAACGUGGGCCUGGGCUACCUCUCCCUGCUGCAAAUAGCAACAUUCAAAGGCUGGAUGGACAUCAUGUACGCAGCUGUGGACUCUCGAGAGGUUGAGGACCAGCCGUCCUAUGAGAUCAAUCUAUACAUGUACCUGUACUUCGUCAUCUUCAUCAUCUUUGGUUCUUUCUUCACGCUCAACCUCUUCAUUGGUGUCAUCAUCGACAACUUCAACCAGCAGAAAUCAAAGAUGGGUGGUGCGGUCUUCAUGACUGAGGAACAGAAGAAAUAUCAUGAGGCUAUGAAGAAACUCGGCUCCAAGAAACCAGUCAAGCCCAUACCCAGACCAAAUAACGAGAUCCAGGGCAAGGUGUAUGACUUCAUCAUGCAGCAGGCGUUCGACAUCUUCAUCAUGAUCCUCAUCUGCCUCAACAUGGUGACCAUGAUGGUGGAGACGGACGACCAGAGCGAGGAGAAGAUCAACGUGCUCUACAACAUCAACUUGGCCUUCAUCGUGGUCUUCACCAGCGAGACGGUGCUCAAGAUGUUCGCCCUCAGGCACUACUUCUUCACUGUGGGCUGGAACGUCUUCGACUUCAUCGUGGUCAUCCUCUCCGUUGCUGGACUGGCACUGUCGGACAUCAUCGAGAAGUACUUCGUGUCGCCCACGCUGUUCCGUGUGAUCCGAUUGGCCAGGAUCGGGCGUGUGCUGCGUCUCAUCAGGGGCGCUAAGGGCAUCCGGACGCUGCUGUUCGCCCUGAUGAUGUCACUUCCCGCCCUGUUCAACAUCGGCCUCCUCCUCUUCCUCAUCAUGUUCAUCUUCUCCAUCUUCGGCAUGUCCAACUUCGCCUACACCAAGAAGCAGGCGGGCAUCGACGACAUGAUGAACUUCGAGACGUUUGGCAACAGCAUCAUCUGCCUGUUCAUGAUCACCACCUCGGCAGGCUGGGACGGCCUGCUGCUGCCCAUCCUGAACAGCCAGGCUCCGGACUGCGACCCGGACGUCGAGAACCCCGGCUCGGACGUGCGCGGCAACUGCGGCAACCCUGGCAUGGGCAUCAUGUUCUUCUGCAGUUACAUCAUCAUCUCCUUCCUGGUGGUGGUCAACAUGUACAUCGCCAUCAUCCUGGAGAACUUCAACACGGCGCAGGAGGAGAGCGGUGACGCGCUCUGUGAGGACGACUUCGAGAUGUUCAACGAGACCUGGGACCGGUUCGACCCGGAGGGCACGCAGUUCAUACCGUACGAGCGCCUGUCGGAGUUCUGCCACGCUCUGCAGGAGCCCUUCCGCAUCGCCAGGCCCAACAAGCUGCGCCUGCUCGCCAUGGACCUGCCCAUCGUCACGGGCGACAAGCUCCACAACCUGGACAUCUUGCAGGCGCUGGUGCAGGAGGUGCUCGGCGACACGCUGGAGAUGGCGGCCAUGCGCGACAGCCUGCAGCUCAAGUUCCUCAUGAUCAACACCACCACUGCCUCCUUCGAGCCCAUCUACACCACCGUGCGGCACAAGCUGGAGGAGGAGGCCGCCGUGGUGCUGCAGAGGGCGUACCGCAACUACCUGCUGCGGCGCGGCGCACGGCACGCCGCGUACAUGCACCGGCAGAAGGGACGCAAAGGUGGGGCCGGAGGUGCGGCCGGAGAUGGCGAGGAGCCGCCCGAAACUGAGGGCCUGAUCGCGCGCAAGAUGAACGCGCUCUACGGCAGCAACCCCGAACUGGCGAUGGCCUUGGAGAUGCAGAAACGGCCCACGCCAGCCAAUGCACCCGUAGAACCAGCCAAGCCCAACACCACCAUCACAACCGCCAUAGUGCUACAGGCACCGUCUGAGACACCCAUAAUGGUAGAGCCAGCACCAGCAGCAGGCCCCACACUCGCCCCACCCGUAGUGACCUCUGCACGGCUCCGUCCCGGCAGCGGUCGCGGUGCUCCCCAGGCCCAAGUUACCUACCCGCGGCCCCCUGUGGGGCAGCCGGUGGAGCUGACCAGUGAGGUGGUGCUGCAUUCGGCCCCCCAGGGUGGAGUGCCCCCUAUCCGGCCCCUAUCCUGCGAGGAGCUGGAGGCCCUGAGGGAGUCCAUUGUGUAGUAGGUUGGCCAGGCCAGGCGACAACAGGCGUAGCCAGCAAACAAACCGUCUGAUUGGGUGGCCCUGUGCUUGUCUAAAAGGCCACACCCAAAUCACAAGGCUUGUUUCUGUUUGAUUGACAGUUUGAGUGACAACAGUAACCUUAUGUGGUGUUUUCCCCCUUGAACUCACCCGUCGAAUGGUUUCUGGCUACGAUUCCUGCCUGGUGCACAUGGGUUGGUAGUGUUGGCACUAGUGUAUGCUGUAGUUUUGGCAGUGGCGGUAGAGUCACUCUGUGAGUGGGAGUGGAGUAUCCUGGAAUGGUGACUCUCAUCAUUGAGGUUUGGGGUGU